UUCUUUUAAGUCGCUGCGUGUCAAGUGUAAUUUAAUGAAAAUGUCGUCGGUUCGGUGUUUAAGAAGAUUUGUCAAUGAGCGACUAUCUGCAGCAGCUGAAGAAAUAUUUGGAGUUUUUGAAAAAACUGUCGUCGUAUACGAAGAAGAGGUCGUCCGUCAGCGCAGACUGCUGGAUAUCCUCCUAAAGCCUGAGAUAAAGCUGCACAGGACAGAAUACUGUACCCAGGAGAGGAACUACAGUAUGGACCAAGAAAACCCAGAGCCUCCAAAGAUUAAAGAGGAACAAGAACAACUCAGCGUCAGUCUGCAGGGAGAGCAGCUGGUGCCGAAGCAGGAGACUGAAAACUUUAUGUUGACUAUUGCGUCUGUGGGAAGUGAUCGGAGUCAAGACCAGACUCAGCUUUUGGAUCCGGGUGAAAACCAGUGUGCAUCAGGGACACAGCCUGCAGCUAGUAUCUGUAGCAGUUGGUUGAAAAACACAAGCUCUGAAGUACCAGAACCAGAACCAGACCACCAGCUCCUCUCUGGCAAUGCUAAUGAAACUGAGAGCCAAGCUCACAAAAAAGGCAGCAUUAAGAAGAAAAAAUCUGCUAAAGGUGCUAGACGGACUAGAGCAACUAGAAGUAUCAAAAUUUCAAUUGCUCACAAGAACACCCAGAGUAACAAAAAGCCUUUCAAAUGUAACACUUGCGAUAAAGAAUUCAAGCUGAAGAUCAGUUUGAUCAAACACAUGAAAACUCACGCUGGGAAACGGCCUUACGCAUGCAAAGUCUGUGGAAGGUAUUUCCGUUUCAGACUAAACCGAGACCAGCACACAAGAAGCCACAUAGGCACGAAGCUUUGUGACACUUGUGGAGAAAGUUUCAACAACAGCACAGACUUCACGACGCACAUGAAGCUUCACAAACGAGAGCUCCACACCUGUGAAUACUGCGGAAAGAAGUUUGCACUCACCUCAUAUUUGAUAAAACAUCUCCGUGUGCAUACAGGGAUCAGGCCCUAUGAAUGUCUUGACUGCAACAAAAACUUUCGUAUCAGAUCAGAUUUGACGUUGCAUAGCGUGUUUUGUCCGAUAGCUAUAGCAAAAAAAAGAACCACAGCACACAGUAAGAACAGUAGCACUUGA